AUGAUGUGGCCUACCUGUUGGCCAAGAGAAGAAUUUCCCACCAGUACCAUAUGUAAGUGUUCGAAUCUUGGAACUUCCCCACUCCCACCGUAUUGUCGCCAUCUUCCUGCACUUCUGUAUUGUUGUUGUUGUCGUCGUCUUCCUCCUCCUCCUCUUCGACGGUCCUCGUCCCCCUUUCCGACGCUCCUCAUAUCCCUUUCUCUUCCUAUUUUCUUCUUCGACGGUCCUCUUCCCCCUUUCUCCUCUUCUCCGACGGUCCUAGCCCCCUUUCCCCUCCUCCCCACUUUUCUCCUCUCUUCUUCUUCUUCUUCGACGGUCCUCGACCCCCCCACCUUUCUCCUCCUUCUUCUUCUUCUUCUUCGACGGUCCUCGACCCCCCACCUUUCUCCUCCUCUUCUUCUUCUUCUUCGACGGUCCUCGACCCCCCCCCUUUCUCCUCCCUUCUUCUUCUUCUUCUUCGACGGUCCUCGACCCCCCACCUUUUCUCCUCCCCUUCUUCUUCUUCUUCGACGGUCCUCGACCCCCCCACCCCCCCUUCUUCUUCUUCGACGGUACUCGUCCCCUUCUUCUUCUCUUCUCCAACGGUCCUCGUCCCCCCCCACCUUUUUCCUCCCCUUCUUCUUCUUCGACGGUCCUCGACCCCCUCCUUUCUCCCUCCCCCUUUCUCCUUCUUCUUCAACGGUACUCGUCCCCCUUUCUCCUCCGUCUUUCUCCUUCUUCCAACGGUACUCGUCCCCUUUCUCCUCCUCUUCUCCAACGGUACUCGUCCCCUUUCUCCUCCUCUUCUCCAACGGUACUCGUCCCCCUUUCUCCUCCUCUUCUCCAACGGUACUCGUCCCCCUUUCUCCUCCUCUUCUCCAACGGUACUCGUCCCCCUUUCUCCUCCUCUUCUCCAACGGUACUCGUCCCCCUUUCUCCUCCUCUUCGCCGGUCGCCUACUUUUCUUUUAUUUCUUUCUCCUUCUAG